AUGGUGACUCGGCGAGGGAUAGAAGCUAACUCUGACCAAAUCAGAGCAAUCCUCAGUAUACCUUCUCUGACUUGCAUCAAAGAUGUCCAGUGGCUGGUAGGAUGGGUCGCUGCCUUGAGCCGCUUCAUCUCUAGAUCAGCCAACAACUGCCAUCUCUUUUUCCAUGCUCUCAAGAAGUCCAAGAUGUUCAAGUCGAUCGCCUCCUGCAAAGAAGCCUUGCAGCAGCUGAAAAGGUACCUGACUUCCCUUUCGCUCAUUUCCAAACCUGUGGACCGGGAGAAGCUCUACUCUUACCUAGUGGUCUCGGAGACAGCCAUCUCAGCAGUACUAGUUCGGGAAGAAGAAACGAAGCAGUUGCCGUUCUAUUAUGUAAACAAGUCACUCCUCGACAUGGAAACACAGUAUAGUCAGCUAGAAAAAUUAGCCCUCGCCCUCAUCCCUACAUCCAAAAAGCUCAGGCCAUACUUUAGUUGCCACUCAAUAGUUCCUCACAUCACCGUCAAGUCCCAGGCAUUAGCCGACUUCAUUGUUGAUUUCACCCCAAGUACCACCACCCAAGCAGAAAGUGAGCUGUUAUGCAUGAACGGCGGAUCACCCUCCAAAUGGACUGUCUUAGUGGACGGCUCGAGUAAUACAAAUGGAAGCGGAUUUGGAUUAGUAUUGAUUGCGCCAAAAGGAGACAUAAUCCAGAGGGCAAUACGGUGUGGAUUCAAGUGUACGAACAAUGAAGCCAAAUAUGAGGCCCUCAUAGCUGGACUUUCCUUAGCCAAAGAAAUUGGAGCAAAGAGACUAGAGGCCCAAUUCGAUGAGUUCUCCAUCGUCCAAAUCCUGAGAGUAGAGAACUCCUAUGCUAAUGCCCUUGCCAACCUCGGCUCAGCCCUCAAACGUUCUUCCCAGUCAUCCAUCCUUCUAUUAUUCAUGCAGUGGCCAGCCAAUUGGAAGGAACAACAACCAAAUAAGCCGCUCGAGGAAGCCAUGGGUGUUGAACUAGCUGAUUGCUGGAUGACUUCGAUAGUGAGAUACUUGGAACACGACGAACUCCCAGCUGACAAGAACGAGGCACGACGACUGAAAGCAAGAGCCACCAGAUUCACCAUACAUGAGGGCCAACUCCUUAGAAAAUCAUUCUCAGGCCCCUAUCUCAAGUGCAUAAACCCAGAAGAGGCCCAAAGUGUUCUCGUCGAACUCCAUGAAGGCGAAUGUGGAAACCAUGCUGCGGGACGCAGCCUUGCACACCGGGUGAUCACUGCUGGAUAUUACUGGCCGACCAUACGAACCAAUUUGGUUGCUUAUGUGAAGAAAUGCGACAGCUACUAG